UUCACUCUUGGUGCAGAAACAAGACAUCAACUGCAGAUUAUGCAGAAGUACCCACUCGCCUAAAAUUGGGAUAGUAAUGUUUGUUUUUACGUUGCAGAUGUAAUUUAGUGCUUUGAUGUCCACAUUCGGUCUUACAGUCUAAGCGACCUCUUUAACCCGGAAUCCGAAAACAAUCUGUUCACUUGAGCCACAAACCAAGAAGUGAGAGAUGCCUCACGGCUCGGAUGACGCCCGCAAGCAGUUCGUCCUCACCACGACAGGGAACUACUUCGGCCUAAAGCCGUCUGCAUCCCUGGUUGGGUCUGAGGAACUCAACAACUUCUUAGAUGAUGGGAAUGAAUUCGUUCUUGCUGUCAACAAACACGAGAAUGACCUGUGCCUGUCAAACAAGAUUGAGGCUGGGUACAGCAGAGAGAAGGUGCUAGUGUUCUUCAAGCUGCGUCCCACAGUGAUAACAGAGGAGAACCUGCACCAGAAUGUCCUGGUGUCCUCCAUGCUAGAGUCUCCUAUCAGUACCCUCUACCAGGCCGUGCGACAGGUGUUCGCCCCUAUGCUACUCAAGGAUGAGCGGUGGAGCUCAGCAUUUGACCCUAAGCUUGCGGGCCUGCUAAGUGAGCUGGAGCAGGGACUAGGCUCCGUGGUCCGCAGGGCUGGAACAGAAGACUCUGGCAAGAGGAGCCAAGGGGAAGAUGACAUCCUGGGUAUCCUGACCCCGGUGGAUGAAUUCCAGUACUGGGCUGAUCUCUCUGAGUCUGGGGACAGGAGCACUGUGAGAGAGAGGGCKGCACACUUCUCUGAGCUCUUCAAGCCCAUAGAGAAGGACUACAGUGGUCUGGAUGGUGUCUGUCUGGCUGAUGCUGUGGAGCUGGUGGAGGUGAGCAGAGACACACUGGAUGACGUGUGGAGGCAGAAUGACCAUGAUCCUUUUCCUGAGACACGCAUGCUCAGACUCAUGGAUGUCAUCGGUGGUGCGCUGGGCAGGUACGUGCAGAAGAAACUGAGUGGUGUGAAACUCUUUUUGGACCCAUUCCUGUCUGUGAGGGAGAGCCUGAGAGUCGGCCUGGUCAUCUGUGAGCAGUGGGUGUCGGCCUGUGAGCACCUGAGUGGACAGGUGUGGAAGAGAUACGCCCCUUACCCCUGGAAGGGAGACAAGCAUCGCCCCCAGGCCCUGCACAGCCUGGCUCAGAGACUGGAUGAGGUGGUGACGAUCCGUACGGUCCAUGAGAAGCUGCUUCGUCUGCUGCCUGGAGGAAAACAGCAGGCCUUGGCCUCGGCUCGCGUCUUUGAACCCUUCUCUGGCCUCAACCCAUUACAUUACAACCCCUAUACUGAGCCUCUGUGGAAGGCGGCAGUAGCCCAGUUUGAGCGAGCCAUCGCCCCAGCAGAGCAGGAGGUGGCAGGCAGACUGAAGGCCUACAUCGCAGAUGUACAGGACAACCCACAGCAGCUGCUGCAGGUGUUUCAGAAGCACAAGGAGCUGAUCAGACGACCCAACGUCAGCAAGGAGCUGCAGUCAGAGAGAGAGACUCUGCUGGCCAGACUGUUGGAAUACAUCAAGGUGCUGCGGACAGACUUUGAGGGUCGUUGCCAUGGCGCCCCGGGAGAAAAGUCCGGCCCCCUGGCUGGCCGGAAUCUCCCUGAGGUCGUCAACAACAUUGUAUGGGUCCGCCAGCUUCUCCAUAAGGUGGAGGACUCCAUCAAGAUAGCGCAGGCUCUGCUGUCAGACCUGUCAGGGUUCCGCUCGUUCCUGCGGUUCUGUGACGACCUGCUGGAGGUUCUACGGGCCUACGAACAGGAACAGUUUGAUGACUGGUCCAGAGACAUCCUCUCUGGCCUCUCUGACCCCAAGUCUGGCAUCAGUCUUCAGGCCAGUAACCGUGUGAUGGAGCUGGACCAUAUAGAUGGGAAGCUGAAGAUCCAGUACUCUGACCGUCUGGUGACUCUGCUGAGGGAGGUCAGACAGCUGUCAGCCCUUGGCUUCCCCAUCCCAGCCAAGAUCCAGCAGGCUGCCAACACCGCAGACAAGUUCUACAGACAGGCCAUCAUCCUCAAACAGGUGGCCCAUUUCUACAACACCAUCGACCAGCAGAUGAUCUCCUCUCAGAGACCCAUGAUGCUCAGCUAUGCCCUGGCCUUUGAGCAGGUCAUCAAGCAGAGUCCACGGUCRCAAUCCCGGGAGUCUGGCGGGAAGCUGCAGAUCACCUGGGAUAAUCCCAAAGAGCUGGAGGUGUACAUUGGAAAACUCCAGUCUGCCGCAGAGAGACUCUCUACUGAGAACCGGAAACUGAGGAAGUGGCACACAGACUUCACUGAGAAGGUGGUGGCCCUGAUGACUGUGGACCUGCUGAGGCACCAGCAGCGCUGGAAGGACGGCUUACAGGAGCUACGCACCGGGUUCGCCACACUGGAGGCACAGGGGUUCAGGUCAGGGGAGAUGAAGGCCUGGAGACAGCACUGGAACCACCAGCUGUACAAGGCUCUGGAACAUCAGUACCAGACUGGACUGGAGGCUCUCAACAAGAACCUGCCUGAGAUACACAUAGACCUCACUUUCAAGCAGGGUCGUCUUCAGUUCCGUCCUCCGUUUGAGGAGGUGAGGGCCAAGUACUUCAGAGAGAUGAAGCGGUUCAUCUCUGUCCCGAACCAGUUCAAAGGAGUCAGUGCCCAGGGGGAGGAGCUCAUCUUCAGCGUCAUGAUUGACAGGAACGCAUCAGGCUUCCUCACCAUCUUCAGCAAAGCAGAGGACCUCUUCAGCCGGCUGCUGGGCGUGCAGGACACGUUUAAGGAGUGGGUGGUGCUGGGCCAGGUUGACAUGGACGUGUUGGUGGAGAAGCAGCUAUCGUCUGUCCAGGACUGGGAGAGGAACUUCAAGGCGUUGAAGGCCAGAGGGAAGGAGUCAGAACGCCUGCCCAGUCUGGAGAAGGUUGACUGUAUCUCAGUGAACUGUGAGCCAGUAAAGGCAGUGAUUGAUGACCUCAUCCAGAGACUGUUUGACACCCUGCUGAUGUCCCUCAGAAAGUCCAUACAAGGCCAUACCCUAGACAUAGACAGUUUUGUGACUGAGGCCAUGGAGACGUUGUCCUCUCGUCCAGAGAGUAUUGAUGAGAUAGGAGAGGCCAAUGCCAGACACAGCCAGAUACAGGCCCGCAAACCAGACAUCCUGCUCCAGUUCCAGGCGGCGCAGGAGAAGAACCGUCUGCUGAGGGCCGUAGCAGGAGGCGGUCUGGAUUCUCUGUCCUCCCUCAGGGCCAAGUGGGACAAACUAGAGCUGAUGAUGGAGAGCCACCAGCUGAUGAUCAAAGACCAGGUCGAGGUGAUGCGUAGUAAUGCUGAGAGUCGUGUCCAGGCCUACAGGCUGGAGCUGGACAGGUUCAGGGCUCGCUGGGACCAGCUGAAGCCCAGAGACGAGGUCAUAGAGACAGGAGACCAGGCAGCCCUGCUGGCCUCUGUCCAAACCAUCAGAGACAAGAGACAGGAGUUCCAAGAGCUGGAGGUCACACGCACACGCCUGCUUGAGGACUGUCGUCACUUUGAGCUGGAGGCUCCAAAUUUCUCCCUGGCGGAGGAGACCAUCAGAGACAUGGAGGAGUACGGACAGAUGUGGUCUCUGUAUGAGGACUGGCAGGAGGGCUUCCAGGAGAAGGCCAAGGAGGACUGGAUCACAUUCAGGAGUAAGACCUACGUGUUUGAGGAGUUCCUGUUUGCGUGGCAGGACAGACUGAGGAAGCUUGAGCAGCACACCAGCAUGUCUGUCAAACUACAGAGAGAAGUUGACAAGUACAAAAGUCUGGUUCCGGUGUUAAAGUACGUGCGAGGGGAGCACCUAUCCCAGGACCACUGGUUGGAUCUGUUCAGACUGUUGGGUCUUCCUAAAGGCACUACCCUGGAGAGACUGACCUUCUGGGAUCUCCUCAGUGUGUCUGACACCAUCACUGACCGAGUGGAGCUCAAGGACCUGAACAGCAGGGCCCAGGCGGAGGUGACCAUCAGAGAGGCUCUCAGGGAGCUGGACCUGUGGGCUGGAGCUGCCUUCACCCUCACGGAGUAUACAGACAGCACCGGACACACACUCAUACUCAUCAAGGACUGGAAGGACAUGGUCAACCAGGUUGGUGAUAACCGCUGCCUGCUGCAGUCUCUGAAGGACUCUCCAUACUACCGCGGCUUCCAGGACAAGGUCAGUCUGUGGGAGGUGCGUCUGUCUGAUCUAGAUGAGUACCUUGUCAGUCUGAAUGCCAUCCAGCGUUGGGUCUACCUGGAGCCCAUCUUCGGACGGGCUCUGCCCAGGGAACAAGCCCGUUUCAAACGGGUCGACGAGGACUUCAGGUCCAUUUUGGCUGAUGUCCAGAGAGACAACAGGGUGACGUCUCUGAGCUCUCGGGCUGGCAUCAGAAGCUCCCUCAUCACCAUCUUGGACCAGCUCCAGCGUUGCCAGAAAUCACUCAACGAGUUCCUAGAGGAGAAGCGUUCUGCCUUCCCGCGGUUCUACUUCAUUGGAGAUGAUGACCUGCUGGAGAUUCUGGGYCAGGCCACCAACCCCACUGUGAUACAGUCACACCUCAAGAAGCUGUUUGCUGGCAUCGACAGUGUGGACUUUGACGGGGACUGCCAGCACAUCGUGGCCAUGCGUUCUCUAGAGGGAGAGGUGGUGGCCCUCAGGAACCUCAUACGUAUCUCCAACAGCGUAGAGGUGUGGCUGGGUGAGCUGUCUGCUGAGAUGAAGGAGACUCUGAAGCAGCUGCUGUAUGAGUGUGUGUCAGCGGGGAGGAAAGGACAGGUGGACCCGUCCCGCUACCCCUCUCAGAUCCUGUGCUUGGCAGAGCAGAUCCAGUUCACUGAGGAGGUGGAGAGUGGUCUGAGAAACAGCAGUCUGCAGCAGCUAGAGGUGGAGCUCACCGCUAAGCUGGAGCACUACACCAGCGUAGACACCAGCUCUGAGGAGACGGGAAACACAGAGUCAAGUGUGUUGCAGCUGAAGCUGAAGGCUCUGAUCCUGGACAUCAUCCAUAACAUCAGUGUGGUGAAGCAGCUGUGUGAGGCGGGAGUGAGCAGCCCUGACUCCUGGGCCUGGAGGAAACAGCUCCGUUUCUACCUCAACAACGACAAAUGCUGCUCCAUACAGAUGGUUGACGCUCUCUUCAGCUACACAUACGAGUACCAGGGUAAUGCGUCUAAGCUGGUCCACACCCCCCUGACUGAUAAGUGUUAUCUGACCCUGACCCAGGCCAUGAUGAUGGGUUUGGGGGGGAACCCCUACGGCCCUGCCGGCACCGGCAAGACUGAGUCAGUCAAAGCACUGGGGGGCCUGUUCGGAAGACAAGUACUGGUCUUCAACUGUGAUGAGGGUAUAGAUGUGAAGUCUAUGGGGCGUAUCUUUGUGGGGCUGGUGAAGUGUGGAGCGUGGGGCUGCUUUGAUGAGUUCAACCGCCUGGAGGAGGCUGUGCUGUCUGCAGUGUCCAUGCAGAUACAGGCCAUCCAGAACUCACUGAAGAACCACAGGACCAGCUGUGAGCUGCUGGGCAAGGAGGUGGAGUUGGACCCUAACUCGGGGGUGUUUAUAACAUUGAAUCCAGCUGGGAAGGGUUAUGGAGGGAGACAGAAGCUGCCUGACAACCUGAAGCAGCUGUUCAGGCCCGUGGCCAUGUCCCGACCAGACAACGAGCUCAUCGCUGAGGUCAUCCUCUACUCAGAGGGCUUCAAAGACGGAGAGAUACUGGGACGCAAGCUGGUCGCCAUCUUCAACCUCGCCAGGGAGCUGUUGACCCCCCAGCAACACUAUGACUGGGGUCUGAGGGCUCUGAAGACGGUGCUGAGAGGCUGUGGCAGACUGCUGCAGCAGCAGAGGAGGAGUGAGGCCAAGAACAAGAUCAAGGAGAGUGUUCUGGUGGUGCAGGCACUGAGGUUGAACACCAUGUCAAAGCUGACAUUUGCAGACAGCAGCAGGUUUGAUGCCUUGGUCCAAGAUGUGUUCCCUGGGGUGGGUUUUACUGACGUGGAGGACCAGACCCUCAGCCACGCACUGCAGGCCGUCUACGAGGAGGCACACCUCGAACUCAUACCCAGCCAGGUGAAGCAGUAUACAGUGAACCCCAAAGCCAUGCCCCGCCAGCAGCUGCUGGGUCACCUGCUGGAGGUGAGCUCGUGGAUCAUCUGUGACGGGGACAUAGACCCAGAGUGGAUCGAGUCGUUGAACUCGGUGUUGGAUGACAACCGUCUGCUGACCAUGCCCAGUGGAGAGAGGAUCCAGUUUGGACCCAACGUCAACUUUGUCUUUGAGACCAACGACCUCAGCUGUGCCUCACCAGCCACAAUCUCACGCAUGGGCAUGAUUUUCCUCAGUGAUGAGGACACAGAUGUGAGUGCGUUGGUCAAGUCGUGGCUGAAGGGUCAGCCUGAUGAGUGUCGCAGUAACCUGGACUGGAUGGGACUACUCCACAGAGAAAAACGCCUUGACUGGGUGCUUAAACAGGAUACAUACUGUGUGGAGACCAGUCUGGUAGGAACGGUGUUGAACGGUCUGUCCCACCUGAGUGGAGUGACAGAGCGUGGUCAGUUUGUGGUUAGUCUCAUCAGAGGGCUGGGCGGGAACCUCAACCUCAAAUCAAGACAGGACUUCGCCAAGGAGGUGCUGGUCUGGGCUAGAGAGAGCCCUCCUGACCCGAGGAAGCCCCUGGACACCUACUAUGACCCUGAGUCUGGCCGGCUGUGUGUGUACACUCUGGAACGUUCUGACGGCCUCAGCCUGGAUGAGCUCACACACACUCACACACUCCCGGUCAUCCAGACCCCCGACAUGCAGAGAGGACUGCACUGCUUCUCCCACUGGCUCUCCUCCCAGCACAGACAACCCUUCAUACUGGUGGGGCCUGAGGGCUGUGGCAAAGGUAUGCUGCUGCGCUAUGCGUUCUCUCGGCUGCGUUCCACCCAGGUAGCGGUGGUCCACUGUAGCGCCCAGACCUCGUCUCGUCACGUCCUCCAGAAGCUCAGUCAGACCUGCCUGCUGCUCAGUUCCAACACGGGACGGGCCUACAGACCCAAACACUGUGAGAACCUGGUCCUCUACCUCAAAGACAUCAACCUGCCCAAGCCUGACAAGUGGGGCACCAGCAACCUCAUAGCCUUCUUACAGCAGGUGCUGACGUACCAUGGGUUCUAUGAUGAGAACCUGGAUUGGGUGGGUCUGGAGAACGUCCAGGUGGUGGCCUCCAUGUCAGCAGGAGGCGCUGUGGGCCGACACACACUCACCUCCCGCUUCACCUCCAUUGUGCGCAUCUGCACCAUAGAUUAUCCAGACAGGGAGCAGCUCCAGACCAUCUACUCAGCGUACCUGCAGCCUGUUCUCCAGAGGAGCCUUGGGAGCCAGGCAGCCUGGGCCAGCACUGGGAAAACACACCAGCUAGCAGGGUCUCUGGUACAGGUCUAUGAACAGGUGAAGGCGAAGUUCACGGUGGAUGACCACAGUCACUACCUGUUCACUCCGUGUGUCCUCACCCAGUGGGUGCUCAGCCUGCUGCGAUACGACCUGUCCGCAGGGAACUGUAAUAUAACAGACUCAGUGUUGGAGGUGGUAGCCUAUGAGGCCAAGAGGCUGUUCAGAGACAGACUGGUCUCCUCUAAAGACAUCCAUUCCUUUGACAACAUCCUCUCCUCUGUCAUACGAGGUGACUGGGGCUCCGACGCACUCGACAACAUGACAGAUGGUUUCUAUGUGACGUGGGGUGCGUCUGAGGGAGGGGGAGUGAUGGCCCCUGGUCAGUCCCUGCCCCCCCACGGUAAAUCUCUGGGACGCCUCGACUUUGCCGAUCUACGCCAGGUCAUACACAAGGGAGCGGUCCUGUAUGGUCGUGACAACAGGGAGUUGGAUCUGCUGUUGUUCUGGGAGGUGUGUCACUUUGUGUCUCGUGUGGACCGUGUCCUGAGUCGACCGGGSGGCUCUCUGCUCCUGGCCGGACGCAGCGGGGUGGGCCGACGUACCGCCACAUGCCUGGUCUCACACAUGCAUGGAUACACACUCUACACACCCAAGAUCUCCCGCGGAUACUCACUCAAACACUUCAACAAUGACCUGAAGAACGUGAUGCAGCUGGCAGGUCUGGAGGGCCAACAGGUGGUGCUGUUGCUGGAGGAUUAUCAGUUUGUCCACCCAGCCUUCCUGGAGAUGGUCAACAGCCUGCUGUCCUCUGGUGAGGUUCCAGGCCUGUACUCCCCAGAGGAGCUGGAGCCCCUCCUCUCCUCUCUCAAAGAUCCUGCAUCCCAGGACGGAUUCACCGGACCCCUCUUCAACUACUUUGCCUACCGAAUCCAGCAGAACCUACACAUAGUGUUGAUCAUGGACUGCACCAACUCUAACUUCACCAUUAGCUGUGAGAGCAACCCGGCUCUCUACCGCAGGUGUUCCGUCCAGUGGAUGGACGGAUGGUCUGAGAGCAGCAUGAAGAAGAUCCCUGAGAUGCUGCUGGCUAAGGUGGAGGGGGAGAAGAGUGGAGGAGAGAAAGGCCACAAGAGAAAAGGCUCAGCGUCGGGUCAGGGUGAUCUGUGUCGCUCCUUCCUGAUGAUCCAUGAGUCUUGUAGAGAAUAUGGAGCCACACCCAGCCAGUACAUGGCCUUCCUCCACGUCUACACCUCCAUUUACAGCAGCAAACAGAGCCAGCUCACUCUCAGACAGCAACAUCUACAGGCGGGCGUGUCUAAGCUGAACGAAGCGAAGGCAUUGGUGGAUGAGCUGAAGAGGCGGGCCGCUGAGCAGAGCACUCUGCUGAGGACCAAACAGCAGGAGGCAGACUCAGCCUUGCAGGAGAUCACCACCUCUAUGCAGAAUGCCAGUGACCAGAAGACUGAGAUGGAGAAAAUCAAAGGGAAGAUUGCUCAGGAGGUGUCUAAGUGUGAAGAGAGGAAGGGGAAAAUAGACGACGAGCUGAGAGAAGUACAGCCCCUGGUGGAUGAGGCUAAGCGAGCUGUGGGGAACAUCAAGCCAGAGUCUCUUUCAGAGAUCCGCUCCCUGAGGAUGCCACCUGACGUUAUCAGAGACAUCCUGGAGGGGGUGCUGCGACUCAUGGGCAUAUUCGACACCUCCUGGGUCAGCAUGAAGAGGACGUGUGAGUACUGUACGUUGGCCUUCAGCCAGGCUGCCAGCGGAGCAGCCGCAGCACUUACUAAACUGGAGGAGCAGCUCAACUCUGUGGGGCAGAAAGUCAACGAGCUGAAAGAAAAGUUCCAGUCUCGUACUACAGAGGCAGCUAAGCUGGAGGCUGAGGUCAGUAAGGCCCAGGAGACCAUCCAGGCAGCAGAGCAACUCAUACACCAACUGGAUGGAGAACACACACGCUGGAAUGCCCAGGUGGAUGAGAUCACUGAGGAGUUGGAUACGUUGCCUAAGAGAGCGAUGCUGGCAGUAGCCUUCAUCACACACCUGUCUGCCGCUCCAGAGGACAGGAGACGAAACAGCCUGGAGACAUGGAGGAAGGCUUCUGGACUACAGAGAACAAGAAAUCUUGGAAUUGGGCGAUGGGCGUGUCCAGAAGCUUCAUCCAUGUCUCCAGGCUGUUUCGUCUCCUGUCCUCUGGAGCAGCAGACAGGUCCGCGGUACGUGGUUCAGAUAGGUGAUAAGGUGAUAGAUUAUAACGAGGAGUUUCGUCUGUUCCUGGCCACGCGUAACCCCUCCCCCUUCAUCCCCCCCGACGCUGCCUCUGUCGUCACUGAGGUCAACUUCACCACCACCAGAGCUGGCCUGCGGGGACAGCUCCUAGCUCUGACCAUCCAGCAGGAGAAGCCAGAGUUAGAAACCCAGAAGACCCGUCUGUUACAGCAGGAGGAGGACAAGAAGAUCCAGCUAGCCACGCUGGAAGAGUCUCUGUUAGAGACUUUGGCUACAGCUCAGGGGAAUAUCCUGGAGAAUAAGGAGCUGAUCAACUCUCUGAACCAGACCAAGUGCAGCGCCCUCAUACAGGACUCACUGAGGGAGUCACACAGACUCCAGGCCUCCCUGGACCAGGUUACACAUUCUUACAUCCGGCGUACGAACGACGAAUGA